AUGCAGAAUCUGAAUGAACGUUUGGCUGCGUACCUGGAAAAGGUACACACCUUAGAAAGUUCGAACUCUGAGUUUGAAAGAAGGAUCCGGGAAUGGCAUCAAAAGAGUUCCCCUAUUGCUAAGCAAGACUAUAAUGACUUCUUUAAAGUAAUCCAAGAACUUCAAGAUGAGAUUACCAAAGCCCGAGUAGAUAACACCAGGAUCGUAUUGCAAAUUGACAAUUCCAAGUUGGCUGCUGAUGAUUUCAGAGUAAAAUAUGAAACUGAGUUGAACCUGCGAAUGUGUGUGGAAAAUGACAUCUCAGGGUUACAGGGACUAUUUGAUGAGCUCACACUAGUUAAGACUGAUUUGGAGCACAAUAUUGAGAAUCUGAAAGAAGAUUUGGCUUAUCUCAAGAAAACACAUGAGGAGGAAAUAGCAGAAUUACGCGGACGGCUGAGGGGGCAUGUUUCUGUGGAGCUAGAUGCUGCUCCAAGCAUUGAUCUGGGCCAAGUGAUGGAAAAAAUGCGUCAACAAUAUGAAGUCAUGGCUGAAAAGAACCGCCAAGAAGCUAAGGAUCGGUUUGAUAAACUGAUUGACCAAUUGAAUGUGGAAGUCACCACAACUACCCAGGAACUUGAAACACACAGAAGUGAGAUUACAGACCGGAAGAGUGUACUCCAAAGUCUGGAUAUUGAACUACGAUCUCAACUGAACUGGAAAAAUGAACGAGAGAAUGCAUUGGCAGAAACUGAAGCUCUUUACAGAAAUAAAUUUGCUGAAAUUCAAAUGGCCAUUGAAAACGUUAAGGCCCGACUAAAGCAGCUGCGGCAUGACAUGGAACAACAGACUAUGGAAUACAGCACCCUCUUGGACAUUAAAGUCAAGCUAGAAGAAGAGAUUGCUACUUAUCGCAAACUCCUGGAAGGGGAGAAUUGGAGGUAA